UGUUCUUAACUAGUGCACACUUCAGGACAUUGACGGCCAAUGGAGAACGACACAUGCGCUGUUAGACAGAGAUGAUUGGCUGCCGGGAGUAAGAGCUGCACUCCCGUUAACAGUCACAGUGGAAGUUGGCCUUGAGGUCAAGGUCUUGGUAGACCAGAAGAUUCAUUGACUUGGGGCAGUGAUAUGUGUUUAUAUUUUCCCCUUGUGUCAUUCUACCCAUUGCACAGAAUUGCAUGGUUCUCUUCCUGUCCGAGCCUCAUCUCAAUGGGGAAUGCUUAUCAUCUCCUUCUGUUGUUUAUCCUUCUAGUACACUGCUAUGGAGAAAUCAUUUUUGAAGAAAGGUUUGAGGAUGGAUGGGAAAGCCGAUGGGUGAAAUCUGACUGGAAGCGGACUGAAGGAUUAGCUGGAUCAUUCAGACACUCAGCUGGGAGAUGGCCUGGAGAUCCCGAGGACAAAGGAAUUCAGACACACACAGAUGCUAGGCAUUUUUCGAUUUCAGCAAAGAUCCCAGAAUUUAUCAACAAAGGCAGGACUUUAGUACUGCAAUAUUCUAUCAAAUUUGAACAAGAUAUAGAAUGCGGUGGUGGCUAUAUAAAGCUUCUUAGCGGCUAUGUAAACCAAAAGAAGUUUGGUAAAGAUACCCCAUACAGUGUAAUGUUUGGUCCUGACAUUUGUGGUACACAAACAAAGAAGCUUCAUGCAAUAGUGUCAUAUCAAGGUCAGAAUUAUCCAAUCAAGAAAGAGCUCACCUGCGAGACAGACAAACUUACACAUGUCUACACUUUUAUUAUAAGACCAGAUGCAUCCUACAGCAUCCUUGUUGACAAUAGAGAAAGGGAAUCUGGAAGCCUAUACACUGAUUGGGAUAUUCUUCCACCCCGUAAAAUUAAAGAUGUUAAUGCCAAAAAGCCUAAAGACUGGGAUGAUAAAGAGUAUAUUGAUGAUCCUAAUGCCACAAAACCAGAGGGCUAUGAUUCUAUUCCAAAAGAAAUACCAGAUCCAAAAGCUAAAGAGCCUGCUGAUUGGGAUGAGGAUGAAGAUGGGGUAUGGAAACGACCAAAGAUUCCCAAUCCAGCAUACAAGGGGCCUUGGAAGCCUAAGAAAAUUAAAAACCCCAAUUACAAAGGAAAGUGGAAGACUCCAUGGAUUGACAAUCCGGAAUUUGAAGAUGAUCCAGAUCUUUAUGUGCUCAAGCCUUUGAAAUAUAUUGGGAUUGAAGUCUGGCAGGUAAAGGCAGGCUCAGUCUUUGACAAUGUUCUGGUCUGCGAUGACCCUGAAUAUGCUCGACAGGUUGCUGAGGAGACAUGGGGAAGAAACAAGGAGUCUGAAAAGGAGGCUUUUGAUGAGGCAGAGAAAAAGCGGCAAAAAGAAGAGGAAGAGGAAGCUGAAAGGGCAAGAAGAGAGGGUGAACGGAGGAGAGCAGAACGCGAUCAUGAUCGAGGAUAUCGUGAUAGAGAUCGCAUGAGGGAACGGAUGAGGAGGAAACACCGAAGGUAUGAUGACUAUGAUGACUAUCAUGAUGAGCUGUGAUUCUCUUCCCUAUAAUAAUUGCAUUAUGAAGCAGAAUGGAGAGAAUUUGCUUAUGGUGGCUCCAAAAUCCAUGUUCUCAUCUCUCAAUUAUUGACUAGUAUUCGAUUGGUUCAUACAUGCGGAUGCUCAAUGUGUUUUAGAGUCGAAGGAACUCUUUUACAUGAUGAGAAAAUUGUUGCUGUUGAAUGUCAUUGAACUAUAUCUGUGUGCUACAGUAAUAGUUUAUAAAAGCAAUUAUGACAUUUCUUUAGUUCAGAAGAAAGUAACCAUUUUGUAAUAAUGUUCAUUCAGAGGCUUUUAGAAUAUAGUUAAUGCCGAUCUUUUUAUAACUGGAA